UAAUUCGUUCUGUAUAGGCGAUCGUAUAUGGGUGCCUCACACCUUCACGAUGACCCUCGACCCGGGUCACCUGUUGAUCAUCAACCUACAACAUGGGGAGGCAUAAUCAAGAAAUGGCCAAAACAAACUUUCCUGAUUGUGGGAAAUGAACUUUGCGAGAGAUUCAGUUUUUAUGGAAUGAGAGCCGUCCUAACACUAUAUUUCUUCAAUAUUCUGAACUUCAGUCAAUCGUUCAGUACAGUACUAUUUCAUGCAUUUACUGUUAUUUGUUACUCUUCCCCUCUUCUCGGCUCAAUUCUUGCUGAUGGAUACAUUGGAAAAUUUUGGACCAUUUUCUUCAUUUCAAUUUUCUAUGCUUGUGGACAAAUUUUACUUGCCUUCUCGUCGAUAGCACCAAGUGGAAGCAGUCAUCAUCCACUUCUUGAUCUUCUCGGACUUCUCAUCGUUGGUCUUGGAACAGGAGGUAUUAAACCAUGUGUAUCUGCAUUUGGAGGUGAUCAAUUCCCUGCUCAUUACACAAGAAUGAUCUCACUUUUCUUUUCAAUGUUCUAUUUUUCAAUCAAUGCUGGAUCUCUCAUAUCAAUGUGGUUGACUCCUUAUUUCAGAUCAAUGUCAUGUUUCGGACACGAUUCAUGUUAUCCGCUGGCAUUUGGUAUUCCUGCAAUUCUCAUGAUUGUUGCCACGUUGGUGUUCAUGGCAGGAAGCUUCUGGUACAAGAAAGUCCCUCCAAAGGAGAAUAUCAUUUUUAAAGUCAUUGGUACUAUAACGACAGCACUCCGCAAGAAAGCUUCAUCCUCAUCCACUCAUCAAAGAUCUCAUUGGCUUGAAUACAGUCUUGAUGGUCAUGACUGUGCACUUUCUACAGAAUGCAAAAAUCUUCAUGGAAACUGUGCUCAACGGAGAUACAUUGAGGAUAUUAAGAGAUUGUUCCGAGUUAUUGUGAUGAUGAUUCCUGUUCCAAUGUUUUGGGCGCUAUAUGAUCAACAAGGUUCCACGUGGGUAUUGCAAGCAGUUGGAAUGGAUGCAAAGGUUUUCGGUUUUGAGAUAUUGCCAGAUCAGAUGGGAGUUUUGAACGCUUUCCUCAUUUUGUUCUUCAUUCCAAUUUUCCAAUCAAUUGUUUACCCAACAAUUGAAAAACUCGGAUUCCAAAUGACAAUGCUGCGAAAAAUGGCUGGCGGAGGAAUCUUGACAGCAGUUUCGUUUUUCGUCUGCGGAAUUGUUCAACUUUUUGUAAAUCCAACUCUUCCGUACAUUCCAAUGGCAAAUGAGGCACAUCUAACAAUUAUCAAUACCAUUCCUAGUUGUGAUUUCAAUGUUUUAAUUGAUUCUCGAGAACCAUUUGACCUUUUACGGAAAUCGGGUAUUGCUCCAGAUGAUAGUGUAAGAAAACCAAUCAGUUUUACCGGAGACGACUUUUUCCAACCCAAUAUCACUUUUGAUAAUUUAGCUCCAAACUGUCCCAAGUUUACGGCUGAACCAAUGCUUGCCCCAGCAACUUCAUAUGUUCUGACCUUAUCACCAAACGGAUGGGCAUACAACGCAGUAAGACCAGAAAAACCAAAAAGUGGAAAAGGAGAACUUUCAAUGGGAUUGAAUUUGAUUGUCCCAUGUGAUAAAAUUCCAUCAAAUGUAACAUGGGAACAGUGCAACGGCACCGAAGGAUAUUCUGGAGCAAUUGCGCUUUGUAAGGUGGAGUCAGAUGUGAUAACUGAUAACAAUAACGUUUGUGAUCCAACUGCAAAAGGAAAGUUCUACGUAUUAAGUAAUGCUAACCCUCUUGACGUCCAUGACUUUUCAAAAAAAUCCACUGUCACCGCUUUUGGUAGAACUUAUUCUCCAAUUGAAAUGAAACCAGGAACAUAUCGCUUAUUUUAUACUGAUGAUAGUAGAACGCAUUUCACUCCAUUGAAUCUCCCGCCUGUACAGCAAGACCAUAUGGGAGGACAAUACUUGAUUACGGUAUCUACAAGAUCUAAAAAUGACUCAGAAGUCCUUGCAACAACCGAGUCUCUCGUAUCCUACAAUCGCGUCAGCAUUCUUUGGCAAAUUCCACAGUACGUGAUUCUGACAGCUGGAGAGGUUUUGUUCAGUAUCACUGGUCUUGAAUUCGCUUACACCGAGGCGUCUCCUCAGUUGAAGUCCGUGGUACAGGCACUCUGGUUGUUCACUACUGCCAUCGGAGAUCUCAUUGUUGUUGUUAUAUUCAUGUUGAAUAUAUUUUCAGAUGUGGCCGUACAAAUGUUCGUGUUUGGAGGAAUCAUGCUUUUCGUUAUAUUCGUUUUCAUUUUACUUGCAGUCUUUUAUUACGAGUAUGCUGAUUAUUCGAAUGAAAGUGAAGUUCUCACGGAGAAAAUGAUUGUCGACGAUGAUCAUACUCGCAUUUGAUUUGCCAUUUUUUGAAGAAUUCAUUUUAAUAUAAAAUAUGUAACUUAUUACCCACUUCAACCCCGUCCACCUCUCUCCCCUCUCGCGUGUACAUCUGCAAAAACAUACUUACCUUAAAUAAUUAAACAAAUAAAUAAUUUC